CCUUUUUCUGCUUCCUUCUUUUUAUCCCUAAAGUAAUCACCUUUUUUGCCUGGAAAACAGCAAACGAGUCCUCCUUCCGCUGCUAAAUUGCGCAGAUCUAUGGCCUCGCGUCACUGUACCUUCCACUCCGAAGAUUAAAAAUCGCUUCCUGGAAGUGGGUUCUCGAGAUUGUCCCCAGGGGGUGAGAUCCCACUGAAGAAGCAGCUGAAUUUCUUCAAGGGAUCUUCGCAGGCCGGAUGUUUCGGCCGUUGCUUUUCAGUCUGUGAGAGGGAAAAAGAUUGUCCGAACGUGAUAAUUUGUCAUGGCAACGCCCUCUCGAGAUCUGAAGAGCAAGACCCGAGUCAUGUGAUGUUUGUUUGGUCGGUCUCUCUUAGCAAGGCAAUGCGAAAUUGGUGAAAGUGGGGGCCUUUUCGACUGUUUGCGUGAGGUGGGUAUUGCGGGUUUAGUGGGAAGCGAGAGAGAUGAUUCAGCUUCUGUUCUUCGUUCUGUUCGUGGAGGGGGCUCUGCUGUUCUUGAUGCUGGUGAAGAUUGGGCCGUUGAGAGAGCUUGUGAUGAAGAGCUUGGAGCAGUUGAAAAUGGGAAAGGGUCCUGCCACUGUGAAGACGAUAGCUGGUACGAUGUCUGUGAUAUUGCUGUCGAGCUUCAUGAGCAUUGUCAAAAUCCAGAACAAGGGUGCGAAGCUCGGCACCAUGUCUCCCAUGGAUCAGGUCCUGUGGAGGACUCACUUGCUCGAGGCCUCACUCAUGGGGUUUACCCUGUUUCUUGGGUUCGUCAUUGAUCGAGUGCAUCAUUACCUCCAAAAGUUAAUUACGUUGAGGAGUAAAGAGGGCGUGUCCAAAGAGGAGGUUGAAAGUCUUCGCAAAGAACAAUUGGAGCUUAAAGAAAAGGAAGGGAAAAGUCUGAAGGAAAUAAAGCAACUGCAGAAAGAAAUUUCCAAUAUGUUGGAGGAUUUGAAAAAAUUGAAACUUGAAUGUGAAGAGAAGGACAAGAAAGUUGAAACUGCCGAAUCACAUGUUGCCGCCCUUCAGAAGCAGUCUGCAGACUUACUCCUAGAGUAUGAUCGCCUAUUAGAAGACAACCAAAAUCUUCAGAGUCAAGCUUCAGGACAGAGGAUGUGAGUAGUAUUGGGAUUUGCAUAUUUUGGGGAUCAUUUUUGGUAGUUCGGACUCGAUCAUACCUCUUUUUACUUCAGGAGAACACUAAUUGUUUGGCUGGGAAUUGCAUUGGAAGCAAAGGGGAUUGAGUGUGAGUUGUCUUGCCCCCUCCUAGGUGCAUGAAAUUUUGUAACUGAUUUGUAAGUCUCAAUUGUUUUUAUCAGUCAUCUGAUCCUGCUGUUUGUAUCUGUCUUGGUUUUUCCACAUCAAAUCUAGGCUGUCGGUUUAAGGAACAGUAUUUUCUUUCAUUGAAUAUCUUCUAUUUAGCAAACAGAAUUUGCAAAAUCGAAUAUGUCGGCAAGAUGAGUAAAGAUGGUGGAGUUAUAAA